AUUCUUCAGUUUGAAGAUAUUAUGACCAAUCCUUUCUACCGAGAGCGCUUUGGAACAUACCUGGAGCGAAUGGACAGGCAGACUCUGAUUGGCUUUUGGGAAUCUGUGGAGCACCUGAAGACUGCUAACAAGAAUGAAAUUCCACAGUUGGUUGGUGAAAUUUAUCAGAAUUUCUUUGUGGAAAGCAAAGAAAUACCCGUGGAGAAGUCACUUUACAAAGAAAUCCAGCAGUGUCUCGUAGGAAACAAAGGCAUCGAGGUGUUCAGCAAAAUCCAAGGGGAUGUGUAUGAGGCGCUGCGGGACAGGUACUACCCGUCCUUCAUCGUCAGUGACCUCUAUGAGAGGCUGGUGACGAAAGAGGAAGAAAGGCGGGAUGCACAGCCCACCUCUGACAAGGAUGAGCUGGGUUCAGGAGGGGAGGCUGGCGAGGAAGCCAUAGAAGGCAGCAGUGGGAUUAGCGAUCAAACCAGCUUUGCUGUAAACAAACUUCGAGAGCUGAGUGAGAAGCUUGAAUAUAAAAGGCAAGCUCUAAGUUCUAUUCAAAAUGCACCAAAACCCGAUAAGAAGAUUAUUUCCAAGUUGAAGGAUGAAAUACUUCUGAUAGAGAAAGAAUGCACAGACCUCCAGCUGCACAUGGCAAGAACGGACUGGUGGUGUGAGAACCUGGGCCUGUGGAAAGCAACCAUCACCAGCGCAGAG